CCAUGGUAGCACGCAUUAGCUUUAUCCAUGGGCAAUUGCUUUACCUGCCACCUCCGCGCAGACAGACGCAAAAUGGGCAGCAAACAAGUGUGCUUACUUCUUGGAGCAACUGGUGUUGGAAAGACUUUAUUGCUUAAACGGCUACAGAGGAUCAGUUUACAUGGUUCAUGUGAAGUAGACUCGCCUCCAUCGACUCUUCCCACAGUAGGAACCAACCUCACAGACCUGACCAUGAAAAAGAAGAAGGUGACGGUGAGGGAAAUUGGCGGCUGCAUGGGCCCUAUUUGGCCCAGUUACUUCCAGGACUGCUUCUCUGUCAUCUUCAUGGUGGAUUCCGCCAACACCGUUCAGAUAUCCUCCUCCUGUAUCCAGCUGCUGUCCGUGCUCUCUGCUGAGCCUCUGAGCAACGCUGCUGUGCUUAUUCUCUUCAACAAGAGGGAUAUGCCUUGCCUCAUGAGCCUCACAGAGAUAAAGUCAUUGUUCAGAAUGGAUGACAUCAUUGCCUCGGCUCCGCAGCCUGUCACGACGCUGGAGGUCAGCGCCCGCUCUGGACAGGGUCUGCAAGAGGUGUUGAGCUGGCUGGAGUCCGUCACAGUCAAGUGAAAUGCCUUUGAUUUUUUUUUUUUUUACUGAGACAUAGCUGGGAGCCUGGAGAAGCCUUAUGGUCAAUUACGUCAAGAUUCUCGAUCUGAAAUAACGUUUAGGGCUGGACAACAGAAAAA